AUGUUCAAACUCAACCCCGUUGCAGGCCUGGGCGCAAGGCUGUUCCCGAAAUACACUGGCCAUCAAAACUCCAUAGUCAAGAGGAUUGUGUGGCCAAGUACCCCUCGAAACGUCCUCAUUGUAAAGAAACCGUGGCAUGACAAGGUCCUCAACGCUACAAUCACCUUCAUCAAACACAUCCACAAAAAUUAUCCUUCGGUCAACGUCAUUGUCGUCCCGGAAGUGGCCGAAGAACUAAACUCUCUUAACCAAACCACUCUGAGGACAAAAUACCCUUCUCUCGUCCCUUCAACAUUGUCUGGUAAUGCUUCCCCAUCUGCAAAUGAACCUAUCCCCAUCCACACUGGUCCAAUCUCGGAAAUCGUCAGCAAAACUGACCUUAUUGUCUCUCUUGGUGGUGACGGCACCAUUCUACGCGGUGUAUCCCUCUUCUCCAACACCAUAGCUCCGCCGAUCCUCUCCUUUGCCUUGGGAACCCUAGGAUUUCUCCUCCCCUUUGAUUUCAGGAACCAUGAAAUGGCGUUUGCAGAAUUGUACAACUCAAAAUCAAUCAUGCUUCGAAGAGAACGGAUCGAAUGUCACAUUGUCAAGGCACAUGCAGACUCGAUGGAAUUGAACAAACAAAGACAGCUUCUUAAUGACUCGCUCAUUGACUCAAACUCUAAUGACUCUCUCUCCACCACAGAACAAGUGGAGAGGCUAAAACGUCUUUCCGCAGAAAUGGACGCCCCUUUUGACAGAGUAUCAAUUACUUCUGAGAUUAAAGACCAAAUAAAAAACCUGAAAAUUCAUGCCAUGAAUGAUAUAGUGUUGCAUCGUGGUUCAUUACCAGGCUUACUCAAUUUAGACGUUUACAUCAAUGGGAACUUUUUGACAAGAACAACAGCAGAUGGGUUGAUCUUUGCCACCCCAACAGGCUCAACGGCGUAUUCCCUAUCCGCCGGUGGCUCCAUUGUCCAUCCAACCGUAAAGUGUAUUCUCUUGACACCAAUCUGCCCCCGUUCUCUAUCCUUCCGCCCCUUGAUUCUACCUUUGAAUUCCCACAUUCUAAUCAAAGUCAUUGGCAAAGACUCGAUCCAGUGUGACUAUUCAAAAUUCAACGCAAAGAUGAGUAUAGACGGUAUACCACAACUUAGGUUGAUCCCCGGGGAUGAAAUCCAUAUUAUCAGUGAAUCCAGGAGUAGAAUAGACCCGCCAGGAAUAGAUAUGGACCACAAAACCGGGGUCUGGUGUGUGGUACAGUCAAAGGGCGAUUGGGUGAACGGUAUAAAUAGCAUGUUGGGCUUUAAUUUGGGAUUCAAAUCAAACUCAAAUUCAAAUACAAGUACAAAUACAAAUACAAAUACAUAG